CGCCAGGUGUAUUUUUCUACACGGAACGAAAAUAUAGCAUCAAUGUUCAAUAAGUAGGCGCGAAGACUUUAACGCUUUGAUAAACUCGUUUAUGGUAUGUACACAAGUGGACAGUAGCAGAUACACACCAUGAAUCCACCAAAGAUUAAACGUCGCCGAAUGGCUGAGCUGCAGCCGUGGAUCGAGAAACUCAUCCAAAACUACGGCCAAAGCCAGUGUGAAACGACUGUGAAAGCAAACGUUGUCGGCGUGUGUGAUAUCUCAGACUCGCAGCGGACGGAGCACACAGAUGCCUGUAUGCUGUUCAUGUCCGACGGGAGCGCUGUCAUUCCCGCAGUGCUGAGCGACGCCGCAUGGGAGCGUCUGCAGGACUCGGAGGAGAUGGAGUCUUUCACUGGCCUGCACAAUGCUAUAGUAUAUGUACGCAGCUUUGAGCUGAAAUUCGACAUGAACCCUGAUCUGGCAUCUUGCCAGUUUUACUUGAAAGUCAAUCAAAUGAACAUCAUAUGCAUCUCCUCAAAGCACCAACACCCCCCCAGCUGUACAACUAUCCAAUCAGUCAGAGAUCAGAUCAUAAAGAUGUGGAGAUCUCGCAGGGAGGGUUCAGUCAGUUCAGCCUCUGGGGUCUCACUCUCAUCUCUAUUGGACGUGUGGCACAAUGACAUUAUAAUAAAUAUUCUGAAUGAUGCAACGGAGAAAAUAACCAUGUCUGCAACAUAUUGUCCAAGUGCGGCGACACCAACUCACUGGCACCGAGAGAGGCUUCACUGGAGGGGACAGGAGCAGUUCAUUGAGGAGAAACUGAGACAGGUGCGCAGUGCACUGCAGUCGUCUGAAAUCCAGUGGGAAAGAAAGGGGCCACCCAAUAAGAG